AUGGCGUUGAAGCUUUACGGGCAUCCACAAUCGAUUUGCACAAAGCGAGUCCGAACAGUCCUUGAAGAGAAGAAGCUUCAGUAUGAGUUCAUUGUAGUGGAUUUCCUCAAGGGAGAACACUUGUCUGAGCCAUAUGGUGCCGAAUUUCAUCCCUUCAAGAAGAUCCCCGUCCUGGUGGAUGAGGAGUCAAAUGUCAAGGUUUUCGAGAGCAGAGCUAUAGCUCAUUACAUUGCCGCCAAAUACCGGGGUUCUGGGCCCGAUCUGAGCCCUUCUGAGGCUGACAUCAAGGCGUACGCAUCAUUCCAGCAAGGUCUAUCCAUCGAGCUAUCCUAUUUCGACACCAACGUCGGCGUCAUCGCCUGGGAGGGAAUCUUCAAGCCCAUGCUCGGUCACGGUGCUGGCGACGAGGCGGCAAUCAAGGCCAAACUCACUGCUCUCGAUACUGCUCUCGCGGGAUAUGAACACAUCCUCUCGAGGCAGAGCUAUCUUGCGGGAGAUGAAAUCACAUUGGCGGAUAUCUUCCACCUCCCUUAUGGAUCCUUGGUCGAACAGGCUGGGUUCGGCGAACUUUUGGCCAAGUACCCCUCUGUCCAGGCUUGGUGGAAGCGCCUUCAGGAAAGGGAGAGCUGGAAGAAGGUUAAUGCGAGCGAGUAA